GGUGUGCAUGGCAUUACACGUGCAAAAAAUGGCCGAAGAAAACGGCAUCGAAGCUUUAGACACAUCAUUCAAAUCCAAUUCAUCGGACGAGAAUUUGAACAGAUUAGCCCCAGGUUCGCCUAAAUGUAAAAGCCUUGGCAAGGGGCGAAGGGAUAAGGUUUGGAGACAUGGGAAUAGGACAAUUUAUACUGCAGGUCGUCCGCCAUGGUACAAUUCACAAGGACAGCUAAAAGAAGCAUUUGUGAUUGGUAUUUGUGGUGGAAGUGCGAGUGGAAAAACUACUGUUGCGAAGAAAAUUAUUGAAGACCUUGGUGUACCAUGGGUUUGCUUACUUUCAAUGGAUUCUUUUUAUAAGGUACUCACAGAUGAGCAGCAUGAACAAGCCGUGCAAAAUAAAUAUAACUUUGAUGAACCAGAUUCUUUUGAUUUUGAUGUUGCCAUUGAAACGUUAAAGAAAUUAAAGGAAGGAAAAAGUGUUGAGGUUCCAGUAUAUGAUUUUAAAACUCACCAGAGGUUAAAAGAUGUACAGAACACAAUGUAUGGUGCAAAUGUUAUCAUAUUUGAGGGAAUCAUGGCAUUUUGUAAUGACGAAUUAUGCAAGUUAAUGGACACAAAAAUCUUUGUUGAUACAGAUGCUGAUGUUAGGCUAGCUCGAAGGCUAAAACGUGAUAUUUCGGAACGUGGUCGUGAACUCAAUGGUGUUCUAAAACAGUAUAAUACUUUCGUUAAACCUUCAUUCGAAAAAUACAUCGCGCCGAGUAUGAUCUGUGCUGAUAUUGUGGUACCACGAGGUGGUGAGAACGUAGUUGCAAUAAAUAUGAUCGUUCGACAUGUGAAGCAACAGUUACUCGAGAGAGGAUUUUCUCUAAGGGCUCAGCUAAUCUCGGCUCACCAAGGACAGCGGCUACCGGAUAGUUUAAACGUGGUUGAAGCGACGCCCCAGGUCAGGGGCGUACAGACAAUAAUCAGAGACAAGGAAACGAAAAGGGAUGACUUCGUAUUUUUCUCCAAGAGGUUGAUGAGGAUUGUUAUUGAGUACGCGCUCUCCUUUCUACCGUUCGAGGAGUAUGAGCUUACAACGAAGUAUCGUGGAAAGAGAUUUGCAGGAGAAAGGAUUUGUGGCGUGUCUAUUUUGCGAGCCGGCGAGACGAUGGAGCCAGCGUUGGAGUCCGUUUGUAAAGAUGUUCGUAUUGGAAAGAUUCUAAUUCAAACGAAUGAAUAUACAGACGAACCAGAGCUGCACUUUCUACGACUGCCACGUGACAUACAAAAUGACCACGUGAUCUUAUUGGACGCUACGCUGGCGAGUGGCGCUGCAGCUUUGAUGGCAAUUCGAGUUCUUUUGGAUCACGAUGUAAAAGAAGAAAAUAUAUUAUUUGUGUCGCUGAUUGCUGCGGAAACAGGUGUUCGUUCUGUCGCGUACGCUUUUCCUAAAGUAAGGAUUGUAACUGGUGCCGUUGAUCCGGAAUUAAAUGAAUCGUUUCAUAUUCUUCCCGGUGUUGGUAACUUUGGUGACCGUUAUUUUGGCACAGACUCGACGCCGCCUGUCUGAAAGGAAUUCUGCAGUCUUAGUUGUAUGUUAAAGAGAGUGACUAAGAGAUCGUUUCCGUCAGAUUUUCUUCCAUCCUGAUAAACGCUGACGAACCGCGUUUUCAUAUUGGCAUCCCAAUAUGAGCGGAGAAUUCCUUUAUUUAGUAGCCACCUACCAUAUUUACAAACCAUAGAUUUGCAUCAGGUAUACCUACUAAAUAUCUAUGCACCACAAGGAGAGCCUAUAGGCUAUAGAUUCCUUAUAAGUACGCACCUACUGACCUACGAACCUAAGAACAGCCCAAUCAUUCCACUAUACGUAGCUAUACCUACUACAUGAAAAUCCCAUGUGUAUAGAUUCCCGUGAAGUAGCUACCUACUUACCAUACAAAACAAGAUUAACAUUCAGUGAAUGGUACCUACCUACCGCGUGAAUAACCGAUAGAUUUCCAUUAGCUACCGACAAACACAGUCCAUAGAUUACCAUAUAAAGUAGGUACCUACCAUAUGUAUUCCUUAUGAGUCCUUAAACAGAUUUUCCUCAAGUGCCACUUUCUAUACGAAACAGUCUAUGUACAUUUCAAUUUAGUACCUACUGACUCAAGAAAAAGCCAUAGAUUUUAUUAGCUUUUUAUUACCUACUCACUACACGAACCGACAGCCCUUAAAUCCGACAUAUAUUUACCGUACAAAACCGCCUAUGAAGAUUUUCAUUCAGCACCUAUACCUACCGCAAGAACAACCCCAUCAAUUCUCAAAACCGACCUAUAUAUUAACAGACCGUAGAUUACCGUCAAUUCCUAUACCUACCAUUUCAACAGACAGUAAGGGGUUGUUCACACGAGCCCAGUUACCGAAAUUUAACGAAGCGUAAACUGGAUUUUGAAGUAUUAAAAAAGUCUUUUUGAACAGUCACAUACUAUUGUGAGUAUUGAGACAUGUCAGGCAAACUUGUAAAUAGUUUGUAAAAUACAUAGAUAUGUCGUAGACAUACUCUUUACGAUCACUGAAAAGAUGGCGGACACUCAUUUUAUAGAUCGGUAUUUUACUGAAAUUUAUGCAGUCGGAAAUUCAAGGUCACAUAAAGGAAGGUCACAUAACUGGACUAUUUUCUUUGUUCUGUUGAAAUUUAUCUCACUUCAUUUGGUGUUUCAAAAAGUUUGCUCUUUCACAAAAUGGAUUUCCGCUAUCUUCUCGUCGUCGUGGAUCCCAUUACGUGUCGUAAUUCGUAUCAUUAUUCGUAUCUGUAAAAUCGUAAUCAAUCUGUCUUGGACAUCCAUAAGAACGAACCUGGAUUGCGCAUUUUAAUUUAUAUUUGGCUCUCGACGCCAUCUUGGUGCUCUCUAUUAAGUAUUCUCAUCAAUUGGCGGAUGGGUCACUGAUCUAUAGUCAGGAAAGUGUAUAAGAGCCACCAUCUUGGUUAAAUAUAGGGCUCAGGAAGGUGUACAAAAACUGCGAACUGCGAGAGUCGCCAUCUUGGUUGUGUCACUGAUCUAUAUGUAGUCCAGAUGUACAAAAAUGGUGUACAUAUAUAUUUCGUGUUCUCAUUGGCUAGAUUUGUCGCUAUUGGAUGCGCCGAUCUAGGUUUUCUCAUAUGGAUUGUCUGAGGUUGAUUACGUGUGUUUUCAUAUUUUUGUGACUUGGUCUCUGACAACCUUGGUCCUCUGUAAAAAAUCUAAUCGGGCGUGACUGUCUCUUAAUUCUAGUGAAGUCGCUUACAUGAAGUAUUCUCAUUUCGCUGUGCAAAGAGGGCAGGGUAUAUGUCAAUGAUAAGCGGUAUAUGUAUAAGCGGUAUAUGUCAAUGAUAUAUGGUGUCAUUUCCGAAACGUAUCUAGCAAGUUACGCAUUGUUGAUCUAGAAUCGUGUUCAGAAAGCGAAUAUUUUUGUCGCCAAUGCGCGAUGCAGAUAAUCAAACUUAAACUUAGAUCAUCGCUAAAGAAUACUGCCUUUAAUUUUUUUAAAGAACAAUGCAUACAUUCUGCGGUGACAUGUUUAUGAAAUAUGUCUGGCAAUUUUCGGUGUCCUCGGCCCUAGGCUAGGACGUUUUUAGAGGAACAUAUAGACCGUUGGAAUAAACAAAGCGAGCUUUUGGGCUCCUCGCACAAGAAUUUACAGACACAACUAAAAGUAACAGAUUGCAUUUGCAGCUGCCUAUGAGUUGAUAUCAUUUUUACAUCAAGCGCAAUCACAAAAUUUAAUGAUACAGAUUCUACCAUUUUUCACUGUGACACAAGGGCCCGUUCCCAAAGAAAAAAAAUAUUGUUCACUACUGCAGCAAACAGGGGCCUAUACAGGCUAUACUGGUCUAUACCCAAGGCAAUAGAUGAAUAAUUAUUUCACAGAUGUUCUUAAAAACAAGAAUGUAAAUUAUCGUAAUUGAAUUUGUAAGCCUAAAAAUGGCCGUAAUAUCAGGUCAAAAUUAAUUACU